AUGAAAUAUAUACAUCCUCGCCAUCAACCCUACGGCCUCGCCGCGAAGCGUGGGCUCCAAUCUUCACCAUCAACCUCCUACAACCCUGAUAUUGUUUUGGAAGGUCUUGGAAACAUGAAGAAACUUAGAUGCCUUAUUGUUUAUAGAGGUAACUAUAAGGAUCGUGGUGACCUUGUGAAGAUUGAUGAAGUUAGUCAAUACCUUCCAAAUUCAUUACGAUACUUGGAUUGGCCCAAUUACCCUCACUGGUGUUUACCCAAAACCUUUCAAGCAAAUAAUCUUGUUGAGCUUCAUAUGUCUGACAGCCGAAUCACGCAACUUUGGGUGGGGGGAAAGGUAAGGACCCUUGACCUUGGGUUGACUCCAAAUCUUGUUAGGUUAGAUCUUCAAUUUUGUGAUGAUUUGGUAGAACUCCAUGUGCCAGUUGGAUGUUUAAAAAGGCUUACGUACCUAAACCUCCGGGAAUGUAAGAGGUUAAAAUCUAUUUUGUUUAUCAAGGAUUUGGAAUCACUUGAAGUUCUUGAUGUAAGUGGCUUACAUUUAAAUGAGCUCAAGGAUUUAACCCCGAGCCACUCCAACAAUACUCCGCAACAGCUUGAUUUUGAUGGAAAUGAUAUAGAAAAGCUACUUUCAUCAAUUGGAAAUCUUCAUAAGCUUGUUUAUCUAUCCUUGAGUUGGUGCAGCAAACUCAAAAGUCUUCCAAGAAGCAUUUGUAGUUUACAACAUUUAAGAGUUCUUAACCUUGUAGAUUCUUACAUAGAGGAACUUCCUGAGGACAUUGGCCAGUUGGAGUGUUUAGAACAGCUAAGUUUUUCGGAUUCAGAAGUUAAACAUCUACCGGAUAGCAUUUGUAAGUUGAAACGUCUUAACACUCUCAUUCUAGAAAAUUGUAAAGUUUGUAAGUUACCCCAGGAUUUAGGUCAAAUAGAUUCAUUGAAUAGACUAGAUUUAGGACUUAGCAAUAUAACAGAUAUUCCACCCAGCAUUUGCAAGUUAAAACCUCUCAAAUCACUUAACCUUUUUGGUUGUUCUAACUUUAAGAAAUUACCCGAGAACCUAGGAGAUUUGGAAAGUUUGAUUAGACUAAAUGUAAGACGUACCAAGAUAAGAGAUGUUCCAUCCUGCAUAUGUAAAUUAAAACAUCUCAAAGUGCUUGACCUUUCUGAAUGUUAUGAACUUGAGAAAUUACCUGAGAACCUAGGAGAUUUAGAAUGUUUGAAAGAGUUAUAUAUAAGAGAUACUCCUAUAAGUCAUCUUCCCGAUAGCAUUUCUUGUUGAAAGGUCUUAAAAUUUUUGGACAUGAAAAAAGUAAUGUUCCUGAUGCACUUCAAUCUCAAGAACAAUACAUAUUACGCGUGUUCCUAAAAGGAAAAACGCCAAUAUUGAAGCAACAACAUCUGGCGCUCUUAUGAAUGAGUGUCAACCACUGGAUUUGAAUGAGCAGAUGGUGGAUCAGGCUUCCAUGACCCAUCAUGCAGGCUGCUUGUCAACAGGUUCAUGGGCUUUGUUGGCUUUGCUUGUGGCUGUAUCUUUUUGGUAUUUGGCAAAUCGGGUCUAGAGUUUUGCUGGUCUUCUCGCCGCUGAUUACGGUUCAUCAGGAAGUCACCUACGGCGCCUUUCCUUUGAAAAUGCCGCAGAAGUGUUAGGCUCAACGUCACCACGCAAGGAACUGCUUGUAGGGUUUCAGUAGUUCACCAAUUUAUGGUCUCCACACUCGGCUGAGAGGCAUUCACGGCGAUUUCACGGUGGCAGAGACUCGUGCACGGUGGUUUUCACCCCAUAUGGAUAGCCGGUGUUCACGUAUUUCACGGUGGUUACAGUUGGCACGGUGCUUAUGACGGCGGCCGACGGCGAUCACGUAACUCACCAGAUUUCACGGCGGCGGCAGCCGGAAGUGGUGUUUACGACAUCCUCUACAUCUGAUGUUCCUUCUUAUACAUUCUAUGAUAAUCCUCUGUUUACGGUAUCAUCUACAUCACCAUUUACAUCUGAUGUUCCUCCUCAUACAUUCUCUGAUAAUCCUCCUCAUACAUCUGAUGCGGACAUUGUUGGUGACAUUGUUGGUCCAUCUACUGAUAAUACAGUUGACAGUCACAAUACACCUACAAAUACAGAACAUCAAGAGUUGUAAUUCAUUCAAUUUGUGACUAAAGGUAUUAUGUUGACUGAUAUAUAUAAUUUGUAAACGAUAUUGUAUUAAAUGAUAUGCACAUGUGCAUUAUACUUA